UACAGACCUCCUGUCACCUGUAAAAUUCCACAAAUCCCACAUUCUUAAGUUCUAACAUGCUCCAUUCCCUCAUCAUGCCCCCUUCUUCAAAACCCACUUCCACCGCCUCUUCCACCGCUGCCGCCUCCACCAAACUUUCCGGCCACCACCAUAACAGCCACUCCCACUCCCACUCCCCUCUCCUCCUUUGCAAACACUCUCCAUCAGCCACCCUAGACCUCUUGAUCCUAAUCCUAGUCCUCUUCUCAGGCACUUUCCUUGUAUCCUCUUACUUCUCCUAUCUCUUCCAUUCCCUUUCCCUUCUCCUUUCCCCUAUCCUCUCCACCCACGGCCCUUCCUUUUCUCUCCCUUUCGCUUCCUACCUUUUGGGUUGCACUCUUUUCUUUGUCGCAACCCUUAUUUCCAUCGAGUUCUUUUGCGGUUCGCGGUCCCGGAAAUGCGAAAAGCCUGGCUGUAAAGGGCUGAAAAGGGCUUUAGAGUUUGAUUUGCAGUUACAAACCGAGGAUUGUGUGAAAAAUGGAUCAAAGGAGAUUGAUUGUUUGCCUUGGAAAGGUGGGAGCGAAGGGAACCCUGACUAUGAGUGUUUGAGGGCUGAGUUAAGGAAGAUGGCGCCGCCUAAUGGACGAGCUGUUUUGCUUUUUCGAGCUCGCUGUGGUUGCCCUAUCGCCAAGCUUGAAGGUUGGGGUCCGAAGAGAGGGAGACGCCAUAAAAAGGCUGUAGCCAGUUUGGCACAAAAUGGAGAUCAUCGCUAAUUAUUGAUGAUGGUACUGUCAGCGGAGUCCUCGUCCUCCUUAUAUAUAUAUAUAUAUAUAUAUAUAUAUGUAUCCCAACCUUUUACUGCUUUUUUAUCUUUUGAACUCUUUUUCUCCUUUCUGAAGACUUUACUUUGGUGAGAAGGAAUUUUUUUUAUGCUAUAUAUUUAGGGGGUGGCAUUUCUUGAACCUUUCUGAAACAACCUUCUUGGAUAUUGUCUCAUUCCUAGAAGCGUAUUCAAAGAUUUAAUUCGAAUAAAAUAACAUUGGAUGAUAAAAUGGAUAUUUUAUUCAAAUUAAUCAGUAGACUUCAGCAGCGUUGGUACAGGUGUAGCUUAGAAUUUGAUUUUUGUGGAAUGCUUUGUGUUUGGAAGAGUGCAUCAGCUAGAUUCAAACAAUUUCUUUUUUCACUCCGAUUAUUAAUCAAACAAAAUUUGGAAACAUCCCGACUUUUACGCUGGAGGAAGCCACUGCUAAGUACUUUAAGCAUCCUGCAACAAUUUCCCAAUCAUGGAUAAAUUAUCCUCCCUUAGAGUUUAACCGGUUUAUAACGCUAAGGGCAUAGCAGACGAGAAUCCCAUGUUUUUCGUAUGUUCUAUGGAUUUUAUUGCAGCUAAACAUUGUGCUACAGAGUGAUUGAACAGGACCCCUGCACCAAUCCUACAAAUUCUUCCUUCAGUUUUGUAGUGCUCCAUCAAAAUUUAAUUUGACAAGACCUGGCGUUGCUGCUUUCCACCUUAGUUCCUCCCAAACCGUUCUUACUGUCACCCUGACCUGAGCCGCCUUGUAUUUUGCCAUUUAUUUCCCAAUGAACGCUAUGGUAUCCUAUGCACUUCUGCCCGCAUUAUCCUUGACUGCAUGAUAUCUGCUGUGCCAUAUGUUGGCAUAUGUCCUAAUACCCAACUGGAUUUUGUGCAAAUAUAUUGUUAUGUCAUUUGUGAGAUUUAAUUAUCUAUUGAAAAGUCUUGAUUUAAAUAAGCUUAUACAAUGUUAUUACUAAUGCUUAGAUGAUAAAAUCUUUGAAAUAAAUCAUUUUUACAAGAAAAUUAUAAU